UAAGCGUAAGGGUCUGUCGCGAGAUGAAAAGAUUGUUGUGCACGCCGAAAAACAACGCACUCUUAAAAGAUAAGACGCUGGAUGAAGACGGGGGUACUGUAGCAAUAAUAUCUCGUUUGUUCCGGCUUGAAACGGACAAGCGACAAUCUCGAGGUGAGCUAAAAUUAUCAAGUGUCCAAGUAGACCCUGCGUCUCUCUUUUGUGUGUGUGUUUUUUUAGUAUCCAGUCUCGUGAUGGCCCCCGUUCGGGUAACUCCGACUUGUGGAGAUGGUACUCGCGCGCUGAUGGCUUUAUCCAAGUGGGCUUCACGUCAUGCAGAGAAGCACUCGUUGAGCUGGAAGAAGGUGAUUACUCCAGCUGCUCUCAUUGAGAAGACUCAUGCCCGACAACUCGCUGCGCGUGACAAAGUGUUCGAGCGCCAUCUCCCGUUCUCGUGGCUGCGGUUCUUCAUCGGAGCUGUGUCGCUAGCUCUCGUUUUCGCCGACGUCUUACGCUCCGGUGUGGGCGUGUCGAAUCUUCAAGAUGUGUACCCAUCACUGCAGCCAGACGAAGUGGUAAGUUUUGAUACAUCGUGGAACUAUUCAGUGUUUGCGUCUACCAAAGAGGAAGCCAGAAAAGGCAGCACAACAGCACGUGUAUGGAGCUACAAGUACGACUCGACUUCGAUCACGUGGCGAGCAUUUGCACCGGCGAGGUGGCAUUCCGGAUGA